AGACAUGCAAAACACCACUGUUGCUCUUCUUCUUUUGGCAGUCGCUGCCACCGCUUUCAAUAUCAGGAAGGCUGAGAACGAGGAAAGCUCAGGCGAAGGAUCAGGUGAAAUUAAACGAUACAAGCGAAGCCCUGAUGAUUCUUCUAUGUCUGACUCAGAAGGAUCUGGAGAAACGGAAGCAAUGGCAAUGCUAAUGGGUGAUGAAGCUGACAGCAACAGCACCGAGGAAUCGUCUGGAGAGGAAUCCGGCAAACCAAAAUAUUCAAUAAUCGCAGCGAUUGUCUCAGCUACUAUUGAGAAGAAUCAAACUUCUGGCAAUUCGACUACAAACAUCGUCGCUGCUGUUGUAGCGGCUAAGAUAGAGAAGAACGAGGACUCGUCAUCAGAAUCUGAAGAGAAGGCUGAUCAAAAGAAGGAGAAGAAGAGCGAUGAGAAAUCAAGCGAAGAGGAAGCAUCUGACAACAAGCGCUCAAAGAGAUGUGCCGAACCUACAAAGGAGAAGCCAAGAUUGGUAAAUAAGAUCAACGCGGAAGGAUCAGGAGUAGAGAUGAGCGAAGAGUCGUCCGGAGAGGCUUCACAAAACGCGGAAGGUUCCUCUGUAGAGCAGAAGGAGGCACUUCCAAUCAUACGUGAUGCCGGUAAUGCUUGAGCAAGAAGCAGACAUUCUCUCUGUCCUCAAUGAUCUCCUCUUUACUUCUGGAUGAUACAAAGAUGCAUGUUUGAUGCUCAAAC